GUCGGCGGCAAUGUAGCGCGUUGAGCGUUACGGGCCGACCGUGCUGCCUGCCUGCCGAUCACGACCCGCUUGAGGAGCCUCACCGCUCCGAAACCACCAGCUGGUGUACAACAACCACAACGGGCAGCAGCUGGGUGCUGGUACCGGACCCCUUUGAUGUUCAGGUGGCGAAUUGUGCGGCUGUGUUAGACGACGGAGACGCUGUCGGCGUGCCGCCGCCGCCGCCGCCGCAGUCAGGCUCCUCGACAUCCACAUUGCCAUCUGCUACAACGGCUAGCGGCAGCGGCCGCCAGAAGGGCGGAAGGAAAGGCAGCGGCAGCGGCGCAGCCGCCGUCACGCCGACUUCCGACCUUCCAAAACAGCACCCGCAGCAGCCGCAGCAGCAACCACUGCUGGCGGCAGCUGCAGGCGCUGCUCACAGUCGCCAUUUGGUGAUUGCGGCGGCUCAGAUCGCCGACGGCACGACUCGGCAGUGCGCGUUGGGCCCAUGGGUCACCAUCACCCGAUUAGGCCCAGCCAGUGCGUACAAUGAGCGACGCGGCCUUUCCAACCAGCCCGGGCUUAAUGGCAGCCACCUCUUCCCACUGAUGUUGCAUUUGGAAGGAUCUGGAGUAGGAGGCACGACAGCGGGUACGGCAGCUGGGAGCGUCAGUAAGAGCGCCGGCGGGCGGGGCGGUAAGGCGGCGGCGGCGGCGGCGCAGGGCGGCGGCGGCGGCAAGGGCGACGGAGGUGACGGGGUUGUCUUGUUGGACGAGCAGAGCUUUCCGUCGCUGGCGGCGGCGGCGGCACAGACGGCUCCACCAGCAGCGGCGAUGGUGACGGGUCAGGGUCCGCGCCGGGGCGCCGCCGCCGCCGCAAAGAAGGGUUCAGCGGAGGCGCAAACUGGCGGCAAGGGAUCUGCCGCCGCCGGCGGAGGCGAUGAACUCGUCGCCGCCGUCAGUCGUGAGAGGGCGGCACUGGCAAAGGCAUGGCCAAACCUGUACGGCAGUGGCGUACGUGCGAGUGCUGGCGCCGCCAGCAACGGCGGGUCCGCGGCGCCUGGACUUGGCGGCAGUACGACAGCAGCAGCGGCGGCGGCGGCGGCAGCGGCGGUUACGUCACGGGGCCGACGGGCCCGGGGUGCUGCAGCAGCGGGCGGAG